UCACUGCACUGCACUGCAUCACCGCCAAGCUGAAGCUCCGUAACUCGCAGCAUGUGCCACAAUCCUCACAACCCCACUCUCUCACAUCCCCAAUGACGCUGCAAGUCGCACCAUUUCCUCCUGCAUCUCGUCAAGAUCGAGCUCUGCAGCCACUUUCAAGCAAGUGGUUUAUUUCUUCUGAACAUGGUUGGUAGAGGACGGCAUUCUGCUCACUGCAGCUCGACAGUUUCAGAGCUAUGGUGAUUCCGUUCAACGCUUACCGACAUAUGCCUUAAUCCCUGUCACACUGUUUGUAAGUUAAAGUAGUAGUGUCACAUGCUUUAGAAGUUUGGUUUGAGCAGAGCCCUGUGUUCUACUUGCUGAGUUGGGAAGGUGGAUCAGAGUUUUGCAUGUUGGUGAUGUUGGAGCUCGUUGGACGCGGUUAAGUGUGCAGAUCGGGACAAAGUUUUGCUUUUGUGGAUAGUAACGAGCAGUAUGAUUUUUUCCCCUUCAUGCAGUUGACGUUUACUCAGCUGGAAAUGUGACCGAUGAUUCCGAUUUUGCGAGUUACUAGUGGUGGUGCUCCUGCGUGGAGUGAAAAACUUGGAAGGGCACUGUGGUGCUUGAGGCGGCACGGUCGUUGCCAAGGAGCCAACUGAUGGACUCUUCCUCACACAAGAUUUCAGCACAAUUCAUGCAUCAGUCGGCUCACGGGCGAGAGUCUAGGGUGGGCAGUGUGAGCGUCUGUCAACAUGACUUGCUGGUGCACAGUAGCCCCGCAUUCUCUAAUUUCGUCAACCGUAAGGGAUUUCUCAAGGACGAGACGAUUCCUGAAAUGGACAUGGCUCUAUUCGAUGCUGACGCCCACACCGUGAAGAAGAACGUUGAGAAGAUGGUGGGUGCGUGCGAGCAAUGGGGCUACUUCUAUCUUAUAAACCAUGGCGUGGAGUUGGAGCUCAUGCAGAAGGUAGAGAAACAGGCGUACGAAUUCUUCUCAUUGUCGGCCGCUGAAGAGGUGAAACAUCCUUCACAAUGUUCCUUGCUGGGGAAAAUCAAGUGGUGGUCUGGGAGAGUUGCAGUGAAACCUGCUGAAACCGACUUGGAUGAGUACAACAACCAGCUCUCCUUUUCGGAGAACAACCAUGAAUUCUCGACUGCAGUGAAGGAGUAUGACGUUGUUAUGAAGAAGCUUGCUAAGCGCAUCGUGAAGCUUCUCGUCGUGGGUUUAGGGGUGAAGGCCUGGCGGUUCGAUGAUUUCUUAGAAGGAGUUGAAGCUUCAUUGAGAUGGAAUUACAUGCCACCAUGUCCACGACCUGAGAAUGCAAUGGGUCUCCGUCCUCGCACUGACCCAUACCUCAUCACGCUGCAGCACGAUAGCGGAGUUGGAAACUUGCAGAUUUAUCGAAACGGAAAAUGGCUUGGCGUCCCGUUUCGAGCAGAUGCUCUGAUUGUCAACGUUGGCGACGUGUUUGAGAUCGCGAGCCCCUCGCACAGGAUAGUGGUAAAUGAGGUGGAAGGGCGUCUAUCAGUAGCUCAUUGUCUGGCACCGUCAAAGUUGGUUACCCUUAUUCCCCCUCCAGAGAUUUUAAGAUCUGGGCCCAACCAGUACAAGGCGAGGACCUAUGCGGAGUAUCUGGGUGCUAGAAAGAGGCUAGGCUCAUCCAACUCCCUCGAAUUCAUGAAACUGCCAACCAGCGUGUGAAGGCAGAUGCAAUUCUCAGGCUCACCACUGUCAGUUUAUGACUUAGGGAUUGAUCGAUUAUCACUCACCAAAAUGUAGUGGCAGAUCAAUCCUUCAACCCAAGUGAGAAAAAAUAAAAAAACCAAAUAUUUUGUCCAAUCAUCAGUUGUGAGCCAUGCCAGAUUGCUCCUUUGAUCUGGUGUUGGACAGUAUUCAUGAUUUACAACGGUGGAAAAAUAAUCAUCUGUACCGAAUUGUCCAACACCUGGGCUCGUCCAGAAGUACUACAUCAAUCAUAUUGAGCAAAUAUGGGUCUAAA